AUGUUAAUAACUGCAACUUAUUUUAGACAUAUUGAUAUUGUCAAAUUUCUUAUCUCAGUUGUUGCUGAUAUUGAAACAAAAGAUAACAAAGGACGCACUCCACUUAUGCAUGCAUCAAUUAAAGAGCAUCUUGAAAUAUUCAGAUAUCUUGUUUCUAUGGGUGCAAAUAUCUUCACAUGA